UAAUUUAAUAAACGAUCAUCUGCCGUAGAUUAUCUUCAGCAGAGGUUUUCAGUUUUUGUUCGGAGAAAAGUUUGUCCCUGGCCAGACUCCGUCCUUCCUGAUGUGGGUGUGGACACAGAUGACUACACAAAUAAUGGAGGAGAAGCUGCCCAAGUCUUCCUCCUGAAAACAGUUUCACAUUGAACUAGUUUCGCGUCCCUCUCCCGGCUGUACACUGUAGCUGGCAUGCUGUGUCAGGAUGGGAAAUCUGUUUGGGAAAAAGAAACAGACCCGAGUGACAGAACAGGACAAAGCCAUUCUGCAACUGAAACAGCAAAGAGAUAAACUGAGGCAGUACCAGAAGAGGAUCAACCUGCAGCUGGAGAAGGAGCGGCUUUUAGCCAAGCAGCUGCUCAAGAAUGGCAAGAAAGACAAAGCACUCCUCCUGCUGAAGAAGAAACGCUACCAAGAUCAACUCCUGGACAAGACGGAGAACCAGAUCAGCAACCUGGAACGAAUGGUUCAGGAUCUGGAGUUCGCUCAGAUUGAAAGGAAAGUCAUCGACGGGCUGAAAGUCGGAAACGAUUGCCUGAAGAAAAUGCACGAGGUGAUGUCUAUCGAAGAGGUCGAACGGAUUAUGGAUGAAACUCAAGACGCCAUCGAGUACCAAAGGCAAAUAGACGACAUGUUGGCCGGUUCCUUGACGCAGGAGGAUGAAGACGCUGUGCUGGCUGAGCUGGAGGCCAUAACUCAGGGAGACGUGGAGCUUCCUGAGGUUCCUACAGACAAACUGCCAGAAGUCCCCGAGGCUGCAGAGGAGAAACCAGAGCGGGAACGUCCGAGGAAGAAGCCAGAGCGAGAGAUGCUGGCUGCGUAGAAGCGGCCUCCUCACGUCCACUCGCUGGCUGCUGAAGUCCUUCAUGAUCCAACGAACCACACAAACAUUUUGCCGGAGAGCUCGCUGUCCCUCCGAGGCCCGCGACACGGCGACGGCGGCCGCGUCGCCGGGCUUCCUCCAUCCCAUCCAGCGGCUGUUUGUCCUCACGUGAAGCCGGUCCGGACCGGGUCACCGCGGCACCCGGCGGAAAAAUGCUGAUUUGAACCAUGAAGACCUGUGAGAUCAGAUCAUUGUGCCUAACCUCCGUCUGAUUAUUGCUCUUUGUUUACCACUAAAUCAUUUUACGUAUAACCGCAUGUCUGUAUUUUCAUUUAUCACGUUUGUCAGCCUUUAAAGGGUCAGUUCAACCCAAAUUACAAAAAGACCUCAUUUGCACUUGGUUUUAUUUUGGGCACAUUUGGUUUAUUCACAAGUUUUUGGGUUUUCUCUCUCUCUCUGAUAUUCUCGUGAAUUUCUUCAAAUUUGACGCAGCCAUUGGCUUCACUGUGAGCAUUAACUGAUUAGAUUUCCUCAUGAAACACAAUUAACUCCAGAAUUUACGCGAAAAUUACGAAAAAAUUUGGCGCGAAUGUCUAAAAUUUGGCUGCACACACACACAGGAUGAAACCAACAGCGAGGUGGCGACCGGAGAGCUUUGGUGGGAGAUGAGUUAAACUAAUCUCAACUCUGAGGCGACUACGAACGUGAGCGAAGGAUUCAGAUGAUACCGAGUUCACCGAACCUUCACCGCAUCGAAACAGCUUCCACGACGCUGGUUUGUACCGUUCAAACACAACGAAAUUUAAAAAAACAAAACACAUAACUGCACUCAGAACUUACGUUUCAUAUCUGAUUUAUUGUUUUAAUUUUUUUGAAUUGUCACCGUUGAAGUGAAAGUUAGCCAGUUUCACGCUUCAGGCUGGGUUACCACGGCAACCGGAGCCUGUAACAUCACCGAGCGACCAGCUGUCAAAGUGAUGCUUGAUGUGUGAGUCAUUUUAUAAGUAGGAGGUGAUUAAUAGGUUAAAAAUAAUGAAGUGGUGAUGUUUUUCUUUACUGCAGCGUCAAAAAGUUCUGCAGAAACACUUUUGUGGUUGUUGUUGUUUUUAGCAGCGUAACUCGGCAACAGAAGGAGCGGCUGUGAGCAUAUUUCACAUUCGGUUGGGAACCAUCAGCUGUUAUUGGUGGCUGUUAAAUGAUGAGACUUAAGACUGUAGUUCAGCUCUGCGGCUUCGUACCUCGAGUAUAGAGGAAACUUUGCGGAGAAAGAGGCCUCGGCUGUGGGAAAACGGUUUCAUCCUUCACCAGGACAACAUGCUCUCUUUGUACUCCAUCACUACUUUGACCUUUUCCCUGAAAUCAAAUCUGCACUCGAGGGAUCCCGUUUCACAUUUGUACCAAAGUUGAAGAAGAAAAUGAGCUUCUGAGCUUCUUGUUUGAUGGAAAGCUGGAGUGCAGCAGGUGUCUUAUAAGUCUGGAAAUACAACCUGAAGGUGUUUCUUCUAGUUUGUUCAAGUUUUGGGAUAUAAUCUCUGAAUUUCUGCUUCUGUCUGAAUGUAAGAGGUGAACAGAAAUUCAUCUGUGAUGCUCAAGGAAUUUACAAACAAUAUUUUACAAACUCAGCAGCAGCUUCUCUGUCCAGAAAACCUUAACGGAGUCCACGUAUAUGUUUAAUUAGGACUGCUUUCUGCCUGCCCGUUUUGUUGCUUGCCUCUCUUUCUGAGAACCAACCAGAAGGGAAAAUUAGUAUAUUUUAUAUAUUUUUGGUUUAAUGAAGGUGCCUCCUGUCUUUUCAAAGUCAGAAUAUAUCUAGUUAGAAGUAGAAGAUGAUUUAUUUCUGCCUUUUACUAAUAAUAUCUUUUUCAACUGCCAAAAGGAAUGACUUGAACGUUCAGCUGGACUUGGAUAAAACUAGCUGCAUAUUUUUUCUUGCAAUUUGGGUGAACUGACCCUUUUAUAAAAUUAUUAUCGUGCUGUGUAAAGUCUUAUCGCCUCACACUCCAGGCCUUAUCUCGGUCCGUGUUGCACUUACCCCCAACCCUCGCCGGAACUUUUCCCCAACUACCAAAACAUUUUUGCAUCACUUUCACGGAAUAUUCUCUCCGUCUGACCCCCUUUUCAAGCAGCUUAACUAAUCUAAUUCCGUGCUCCCCUUGUGGAUUAGUUCAGUGUCAUUGGAGAAAGGGCUAAUCAUAUCGUCCGUGGGCUUACCUCCGCAGCCCAGACAACAGCUGGUAAUCUCCUCCACGUAAUAACUUGACAGAACGUGGAUCUUUACCCGGCGAGUAUUAUCCACACUGUAAUUAUUUUACCGGAGUCGCUCAUAUAGAUACGUGUUCAACUGCGGCAAGAACGGUGGCCUACAUGUGUGCGGCUUAAGCAUCUUUGAAGAUCCAUCUAACUAAUCUGUAAAUCAGUUAAUCUGGCAGACAGAAAAACACCGAUGACUAACACCAUCAGGCAGCGAAAUGCUCGUCUUGAUUCGGAAGUUGUACCUCUAUAUCUCUCUCUGUAUAUUCUUUUUACAAUAAAAGUGUUUUUUUUAUUGUC